AUGGUUAUUCGUUUCGAUGGUCAAGUAGCUGUUGUUACUGGUGCUGGCGGUGGUCUGGGACGUGUGUAUGCGCUCGAAUUGGCCAGACGUGGAGCCAAGGUUGUUGUGAACGACCUGGGAGGGGAUUUACAUGGAACCUCUGCCAGCACUAACAUGGCUGACAAAGUUGUUAGCGAAAUAAAAGCGGCCGGUAGAACCGCCGUCGCAAAUUAUGAUUCUGUGGAAUUCGGCGACAAAAUCAUCAAAACUGCCAUUGACAGCUUUGGAAGAGUCGGUAUGUACAAAGGUGUAUGAGAAAGUUAUAUUAACCAUCCAUUUCCAGAUAUCCUCAUAAACAAUGCGGGAAUUCUACGCGACAAAUCAUUCGUUAAGAUGACUGAUGCCGACUGGAGUAAGUGCCGAGCCUGUGGCUAUCUAGAAAAGUCUAUUUCUCUUCCAUAAAAAGGAUUUAUAUUAAUUUUUAGACAUGGUUUUGAAAGUCCACCUUCAAGGUGCGUAUUCUUGUACAAAAGCGGCUUGGCCUCACAUGAGACGUCAAAAAUACGGCCGCCUUGUUUUCACAUCCUCAAAUUCAGCGGUCUUUGGAAGUUUUGGGCAGACUAAUUACAGCUCAGGUACAUUUCCGGCUUCACUUCUGCCAUAUCUUAUCUUACCCUUCAAGGGUAAUAUAAUAAUCCUACUUUUCAGCCAAAUACGCACUUGUUGGGCUCGCCAAGUCCUUGGCACUUGAAGGGAAAAAGCUUGGAAUCCACUCGAACGCAGUUAUUCCCACCGCAGGUUCCAGAAUGACUGCAACGGUAAUGCCGAAAGAUAUGUUGGAGAUGUUCAACCCAAAACAUGUGGUCCCAAUGGUUACGUAUUUAGCGAGCAAGGAGUGCAAAGAGUCCGGAAGACUCUUUGAAGCGGGCGCCGGGUAUUUUGGAGAGGUGAAAACGGCGAUCACCAAGGGAAUCAUCAUGAAUAAAGCUACGGCAGAUGACAGUAAGUUUAUGUCAUAUACAGGGAUCGAGCAGGAAUUUGGGUGUUCAGCUCAAAGCCCGAAGAGGUGCUGGCUUCAUUUUCUGAACCCUCUACAGUGGGGAACCAGAUCCAGUGGCAAAAAACGUACCAUUUUGCAUCCAAGAAGCAUCAAAAAAUGUGGCAAAAUACCUCCCUCUCCAAGUGGAAAAACUCAGAUUUUAAAAGCGCGCCCGCUAUUUUUAUGAGGAAAAAGGGCGCGCCCUUCAAAACGAGUUCUUUUCACUUGGAGAGGGAAGCAUUUUGCCACAUUUUUGAUACUUCCCAGAUGCAAAAUGGUACGUUUUUUGCCACUGGAUCCGGUCCCCCACUGUAAUGUCUUCAUUGACCAUUAAAUUUAGAUAAAAUUAUAAAAAUUUCAAUCUCCUGGGAUUAAUCACAAAAUUAUGCCUUUUCUACCGCAACGCCAACGCCUUUAACUGCAUUAUAAAACGGCACCAACCGUAAUAUACAAGUUUCAACCAGAGGGCGGUAGAUUUUGACUUCUUCCUGGAAGACUGGGGUUUGAAAAUUUUACCAUUGAACAUUCGAAUGGAUCAUUUAUUCGACAAUUUUUUCUAAUGAUUGUAGCACCAAACCCGGAGUUUUUGAUUUUCAGUAGUUGUUACAGACAAUGAACAUCUAUUCCAGACCCUAAUUACCAAUUACAGAAUUGAUUUUUACCGAGAAAUUAGGGAGCAAUCUAACCGUUUUCUCAUCUAACCCCACAUUUUCAGUUGCCGCUAACAUGGGUCGCAUUUCCGACCCCUCCGGCGCGUUCGAUUUCAAGGGCUCGGAAGAGGUGACCGAGACACUUUUGGACUCGCUAGCCAAGCGUAAAGCCCAUCUUUAA